GAGCUGUAUUAAUCUGGCAAGAAAGCUAUGAAGCUAAAUACACCUUCCUAUUACUCUACACAUCUUAUGUCUUUCAUACAAAAAGAACCAACUUGUAAUCAGAUAAAUAAUUAACCACCUCAAGGCAUCAGCGCAUACCCUGUCCCCAUCCAGGAUUGAAUGAAGAUAUUCCUAACAGACAUGAACUAUGACUGAAGAAAUAGGCCACACCUGAUGUUAUCAUGCCCAUGAACCAAGCUGAAUCAUGUUCCGGCUAUUGACAUCCUGCUGGUCUCAGCUAAAGACAGCUGAAGAGACACAAAGGAAUAUGACCAUCAUUAUCAUUGGAUUAGACAACUCAGGCAAAACCGUUCUUGUGGAGGCUUUCCAAAGACUACUUCCAAGUAGGAUGAACAAUUGUAUGAAAUCUGAAUUGACUACACUCCUACUGCAUGAGUAUGAAGUUUCCAUCUAUGACUUGAGUGGAGACAUGAAGGGCCAAGAAACCUGGCCGAACUACUAUGCACAGGCACACGGACUUGUUUUUGUCCUGGAUUCCAGUGACUUGGGACGCAUGCAGGAAGUGAAGAUCAUCUUAACGCGUCUGCUCUCUGAUAAAAGAGUGGCAGGGAAACCUAUCCUACUCAUGGCAAACAAACAGGACAAGAAGGAUGCCCUCCUACCCUGUGAUAUUAUUGAAUAUCUAUUCCUAGAAAGGCUAGUGAAUGAUAACAAGUCCCUGUGUCAAGUGGAACCCUGUUCAGUCAUCAAAAACCUCCAAAGAGGGAACCAUCAGCCCAUAAUUGAAGGGCUGCACUGGCUAUUAGCUGCCAUUGGGGAUAAAUAUGAAGAGCUGUGUACUCGCUGACAGCCACUCCCCUCAAGCAUCCCAACCUCCAAGGGCACCAGAAGCUCUGGGGAAAGACCCUCAUCAGACAGCCACACUACCAGGAUGGGAAUGUCAAAAGAAAAAAGACAGCAUCUAGGACAAUGCUCAAUGGAAGCUAGGCCCCUAAAGCCAAUCCUACAGAACCCAGGGGGAAAAAAAACACUGGAUACCUGGGACACAGAGGAGAUGUUACUGGAAAAUCCCUGUGAAGCUUCCUCUGGAUCCUGUGCCGUCAAAUGAAGCUUAUACCUGCGGAGAGGCUUAAGAAAAGUUAGGUGGCAUCCGUUUGAGAAUGAAGAUGACCUUGGCAAAGAA